AAUGUGAUGAGUUGAAAAUAGCUUUAACUAACGGUAAUAUCCUAUAUAAUACGGACAGUAAUGAAAAUAUAUUCCCUAUUUUUAAGAAAGAUCUCACGGAUAUUAUUAAUUAUUGGGUGAAUUCAUAUCCAAAAAUAAAAGAGACUUUAUUUGAUUGGAAAAACAUGACUAUUGACGGUGAAUAUGACCUUUUUAAACCUAUACGUUCCUGUAACGAAACAAUAUUUGAAGACGAGACGGUGAUAAAUAUUCGUUUGGGAAUAUACCCAACAUCAAGCCCAGAAAAGAUUAGAUGUACUGAAGUUUAUACUAAAUAUGAGUUUAAAGUACAUUAUCCUCAAAAUAAUCUUUUAGGAAAGUUUUUUUACAAAAAAAAGCUCGAAAAUUUAAUCAAAAAAAAAGAAAAUAUAAAAACACUAUUUGAAAUGAUUAGCAAAAAAAGUUACAAUAAUCAAAAUAAUUAG